CCCGGGAAAGCGAAGCGCCGCCCACGCGGCUGGGAAACCUCAGGGUAGUGCUGGCCGGAGGUGGGGCCAGGGGCGGGUUCCGGGCGGAGGGUGGGGCAGACGUGGGUUACCGGGUGUGCCAGCCAAACCUUGCACAGAGGAGGUGGCGGUGGUGGCCCUCGCCUGUGGCCCCCGUGCUGCUUGCACUCGAACUCUUCGCCAUGGAGGAGCUCCAGGAGCCUCUGAGUGGACAGCGCCGGCUCUGUUUCACGCCAGCUGCCCGGACCAGCCUCUUACUGCUCAGGCUCAACGACGCUGCGCUGCGGGCGCUGCAAGAGUGUCAGCGGCAACAGGUACGGCCGGCCCCCUUCUUCUCUAGUCCCUGCCCCUGGGAACCUUGGGCCUCAGCCGGCGACCCUGGAGAAGGUGCAGGGGAGAGGGAGCGGCAUCCGCAAGCUCUGGCCUCCCCACCUCUCCAAGUGAAGCCGGCUAGGCAGGUGAUCCCGGGCUCCGGACCCCGGAUCCUGGGGAUACCGCUUCACCUGCGCUCAAUGGUCACAUCUUCGCUCUCCCCGCAGGUACGGCCGGUGAUUGCCUUCCAAGGCCACCGAGGGGUAAGUGCGAGCUCAGGGUGUGUGAGCGAGGUUAGGGCAAGGGAGCAUAAACGUGGACUGGAGGUGGAAGGUGCGGUCGGGGCCGGAGGCUGCGAGUGGUCACGGUCUGAGGUAUUUCCGAGAACUGAACUCCAAAUGGGGCGAGGAGGCUGCUGGGGUUGUCCCAGGGGGCUGUGGUUGAGGGGACUGUGCUGUUUCAGCCUCCUGGGGAACUCAGGCCCAGCUGCACCUGGUGUGCUAACGAGCCCUGUGGGACCCGUCUUAGUCUUACUUAGGCUGGCUCCCGGAGGAGUGGCGGCGGCAGGAGGGGGAGGGGCUGACUUCAUGGGGCUUACCGUCUCCUUCCACCUCCAGUAUCUGAGGCUCCCAGGCCCUGGCUGGUCCUGCCUCUUCUCCUUCAUAGUGUCCCAGUGCUGCCAGGAGGGCGCUGGUGGUAGCUUAGACCUUGUGUGCCAACGCUUCGUCAGGUCUGGGUCUAACCGCCUCCACUGUCUGGGCUCACUCAGGGAGCGCCUCAUUAUUUGGGCAGCCAUGGAUUCUAUCCCAGCCCCAUUAUCAGUUCAGGGACACAACCUGCCUGAAGAUGCCAGACAUCCUGAGAGUUGGCAGAACACAGGAAACUAUUCUGAAGGAGAUGUAGUAUCACAGCCACAGAUAGCACUAGAGGAGGUGUCAGUGUCAGAUCCACUGGCAAGCAACCAAGGACAGUCACUCCCAGGAUCCUCAAGGGAGCACAUGGCACAGUGGGAAGUGAGAAACCAGACCCAUCUUCCAAACAGAGAACCUGUUCAGGCGCUGCCUUCCUCUGCCAGCCGGAAACGUCUGGACAAGAAACGUUCAGUGCCUGUGGCCACUGUAGAACUAGAAGAAAAGAGGUUCAGAACUCUGCCUUUAGCGCCAAGCCCCCUACAAGGCCUGACCAAUCAGGAUUUACAAGAGGGAGAAGAUUGGGAGCAAGAAGAUAAGGAUGAAGACAUGGACCCCAGAUUAGAAUGCAGUUCCUCAGUUCAAGAAGAUUCUGAAUCCCCAAGCCCUGAAGAUGUACCAGACUAUCUCCUGCAAUACAGGGCCAUCCACAGUGCAGAACAGCAACAUGCCUAUGAGCAGGACUUUGAGACAGAUUAUGCUGAAUACCGCAUCCUGCAUGCCCGUGUUGGGACUGCAAGCCAAAGGUUCAUAGAGCUGGGAGCAGAGAUUAAAAGAGUUCAGCGAGGAACUCCGGAAUAUAAGGUGCUGGAAGACAAGAUAGUCCAGGAAUAUAAAAAGUUCAGGAAGCGGUACCCAGGUUACAGAGAAGAAAAGCGUCGCUGUGAGUACCUUCACCAGAAAUUGUCCCACAUUAAAGGUCUCAUCCUGGAGUUUGAGGAAAAGAACAGGGGCAGCUGAAGUUAUCAAGGGAAUUCUUGAGCCUCUGCUUAGUGAAACACGAAGGAACAAAGCAGCUGUAAACUAAAUAGAAUGCAACUAUCUGCUUUUCUUAUGCUGACCACUGGAGUCCAUGGUGGCAAGUAGAGAGUUGCUCUAGCUUCCUGAGGUUUGGUUUUCAUUGUUAAUUUUUGGGGUGUGGGCACUGUGCAAAGACUCCAUAGCUAUGCCUAGGAGUUUAGGAAAAGUGACAGAGGCUUGGCUUUUUUACCUUUAGUUCAGCCAAGUCAUUUUCAAGUCCUGAGAAAUGACAUCAUCUUCAGGAUAAGAUAAUGAGGACAUUAGACAAACCAAACUAAGUGAAUUUAGUCUACUAGCCUCCCUAAGGAAACAGUAAUAAUAACUUUUGGUAAGAGCUAAAAUAACUUGUAGCAUACCUAGAUAUAAUGAGAAAGGGCCUGGGUGUUACCCAUGUACUGAAAAUGAACUUUUUUACCAACAUGGCUAAAAAA